AUGGUCUCCCUCACGCAAGUCCUCUCCUCCAACGCCCGAAUCCCCCAAGAGCUGCCUAGCAACAUGGUCGCCGUCUUCGCAGGCGCAACCACAGGCAUCGGGCUCGCCACCCUCAAGGCGUUCGUAAAAUACGCCGUCUCGCCACGCAUCUACUUCCUCGCGCGCAACACCACCGCCGCAGAACUCAUAGUCUCGCAGUGCCAAACACUCAACCCCUCCUCUUCCUUCUCCGUCCUAAAAGCCGAUCUGAGUUCCGUCCGCGAGACAAGCCGCGCGUGCGAGGUGAUAAAAAGCAAGGAGACGGGCGUGAACCUCGUUGUGCUGAGCAUGGGCGAGGUGCGCAUGGAUAGAGCUUUAAGCGAAGAAGGCCUCCACCUCUUCAUGGCAACAGUAUACUACAACCGCAUCCUCAUCCCUUCGCUCCUCCUCCCGCAACUCACCCACGCCAGCCUAACCACGCCGCUCGCCCGCGUCCUCGACGUCGCAGGCGGCACGAAAGAAGGGCCCGUCGACACAUCAGACCUCGCGUGCCUGCGCGUGCCAGUCGGGCAGAUCCGCGCCCACCUAACCAGCAUGCACACUCUCGCACUAGAAAGUCUCGCAGACCAAGCGCCGAGCUGCGAAGUAUGCGCCUGGGGAGGGGGAGGCGGUUGGAGUGGCGUUGGGGAUGGCGUGGAGGGUGGACAACCGACUGAGGAGGUACGACGGAGUGUGUACUCUGUGGAUUGGGAUGGUGAGGGGCCUGGGGGGAGGGUUAUGGAGCUUUUGAAGAAACUGAGGAAGAAGGGGGUUAAGGAGGCGGUGUGGGAGCAUACGAAUGGGGAGUUUGAGCGGAUUAGAAGUGGGCGGAAGUUGUAG